GGUGCGUCGCGCCGGACACGUGCCAGUGCGGCCCCCACUGGCACGGCCACGACUGCUCGCUGCCCGUGUGCCACCAGGGCUUCUUCGCGCCGUUCCUCGACGCCGAGGCGCCGCGGCGGCCGCCGCCGGACCGGCCCCUGCACUGGCCGAGCUACCGGCCCUGCUUCUACGGCCGCUGGUGCAACGCGACGCGCGGCUUCGACUGCGCGCAGCUCCGGCGCCCCGCGCCGCCCCUCGAGGUGCCCAGCGGCGGCGCGUUCCGCGCGGCCACGGGCUGGCGCGACCGGCCCGACCGCUGCGACAUCUUCGAGGUCCGCGACGACGCGUACACGCGCUUCCAGUACACGCCUGUGUACACGCGCGAGGACAACUCGACGACGGCCUACCACCGCUACACGCCGCUCACGCCCUACGGCUGGAACGCGACGGGCUGGCCCUGGCGCGCCUACGCGGGCGCCGCGGACGGCGGCGCGGGCCGGUCGCGGCCCUGGAACCGGCGGAGCGACCGCCAGGUCGCGUUCUUCGAGUACCACAACGUGACCCAGGGCGUCUACGCCUGCGCCAACGGCGGCAACUGCACGGCGCCCGACGUCUGCCGCUGCGCCGAGGGCUGGAGCGGCUUCGACUGCCGCACGCCGAUCUGCGACCAGGGCUACUACGUCGAGGACCAGGCCAGCUUCGUGUCCGGCACGGAGGACCCGGACGAGGUCGCGUACUUCGAGCGCUUCCUCGACCCCAACGUGUCGGCCUACCGGCGGACCUGGCCCUACAGCAACCCGGACUUCGUGCUCGACGAGGAG